UGCUUGGGAAUUGCUUUCAGUGGCGCUAGACUAAGCGUGUUUGUGCUAAUUGAAAUAGUUCGAGCUCGUCUGCUUUCAUUGCUGUUUCUCCUCAUUAGCCCGGCAUUCUAGUCCGUCAAGAGCCUCCGCUACCCGGCGCCGUCACGUCGUAUUUUAGGUUGAAUAGCUUAGCGACCCGAAGAACGCGACUCAGAGCAGAAUCAGCUUUCUCGCCGGCGACAGCCGUGUGCGACUCUAACAAGUGGCAGGGAGUUCAUGCGACAGCUGGCUGGCUGAUGGCGAUAUCGUCAUCCGUCGAGCGACUGCUCACCGUCCAGCACUAUGACUGGGCGGACGAGCUCUUUCUCAUGGGUCAGGAGCCGAUAAAGUGGGACCUGGAGGAGAUGGAGCGGCACCUGGCGGAACCCAACUUUAACGGCGAACCCUCCAAGGUGGCGAUCUUCUAUUCGUGGUUCGAUGGCUGCUUCUACCCACUGGUGCGGUCGCAUCUGGAGCACCGGGACAAGCUGCUCCUGCCCGCACUCACAGAGCGCAUCAAAGAGCCUGCCCCGAACGAGGUGUCGGCGCCCUUAUUCCAGGCGAUAGAGCUGAUGGACGAGGUCAAGGACAUGCGCGCCACCUUCGACAGAGCGCAGAUGGACGACCGACCCAACGUCGCUGAGGUGCUGCGGCAGAAGCUGACUCAGCUGUCGCGCAUCUUCCACCGCCAAUUCGACGCCGAAAUGGACUUCUUCCCAGCGCGUGUGCGGCAUGCGUUCAUGCCGACGGAGGCGGAGGGCAUUCUGAUAGAGGCGGAAAGCCACGUGGGUUUCUUCCUUGCGUCCGCACGCCUGCCAUGGAUCUUCCAUGGCCUCGAGAGGUGGGCGAGUCCGGGCAAGCCAGAAAAGUUUCUAGAGCGGUUGCCGUGGGUGCACCGGCUAUUAUUGGAGUACUGGUGGGAGCCCGUGUACCUGCGGUGCAACUGGCUGCUGCUGCAGUCCCUGGCUGACCCGGUGGAGGGGGAUACACUGUAAGCUGUAACUCAGCGAACUAUUCCAGCAAUGGGUGACGUUGCCGUGGGGCGGUUGCCGUGGGUGCACCGGCUGUCGUUGGAGUAUUGGGGGGUUAAUGAGUCUAUUUUUGAGUCGACUCAAAAAUAGACUCAUUACUCACUGGUGGGAGCCUGUGUACCUCCGGUGCAACUGGCUGCUGCUGCAUUCGCUGGCUGACCCAGUGGAGGGGGAUACACUGUAAGCUGCAAUGUUGCGGUCUGUACUGUACCAGUAAGGGGUGUAGUCUGCUGAAUCUAGGUGUAAAGAGAGCAGCUGUUCUGUUGGGGAGCUGCCUUGUCAGUGAGGGGGUGAGGGGAUGAGGAGGAAUCAUGGGGCGGAUACAUGUGGAAGUAGACGGUAGGAAGGAAAAGGUGUGAGAAAACACGUGUGGGGGAUACAUGAAGGGGAUGCUGUGUGGAUGGGUGCCUUACAGCAGUAGUAGGCACUAGUAGCUGCCAUGCCAACUUGGGGCUACAUGUAGAGUUUGCCAUGCCAUCACGGAGCUCCAUGUUGUACACGGAGGGCUGCUAUGCUGUACAGAGUACACCAGGAUAUGUGCUAUAGUGGUGCUUCACCCGGUCUAGAAUGUGAUAUAUUCUGAUUGCAAGCAAUGGAAUGUCAUGAAGUGUUACUCUUCCAA